AUGGACACCGGUGGUCUUGCUCAAAUGACUUACAAUUCGACUUUCAACAAUGGGAGCUCCCUGGGAGUUCCCACCUCCGGUUUUGCCUCUCGGAGAAAGGGUCCCAACGUUAAACGGCUGAGCGUGCCUCCCCCGCACAUCUCUACCAUCGAUGAGUCCCAACCGUCGGCCCCGAUUCCUACUCCACGCACCAGUCGCUCCCAUCUCCUGGCAGGGCUCAGGACCGCCCCCAAAUCGGCUACUGUGCCAUCGGUCUCUCAGCGUCAGCAGCACUACGGCAUGGAGGGCGACCGGUAUGGAAAUCUCUCGAACCGGACCUCUGAACGGAUCCCGCAGACUGCGAUGGGAACUGGAUUUCCUCGCCAUUCAAUGGCCAUGAACCAAGGCCUGGACAUGAACACCGGUCGCCCCAUGUACACUCUGCCCGAGCAGGUGCUCGCUCCUCCGUCCCUCGAUCUCUCAAACGAUUCGCAGAUCGACGAGAGUCUCUAUGCGGAACUGAUGUCCACGAACCUCUUCCUGGCAGCUCAGCAACAGCGUCUCCAGCAGCAACUGAUCAGUGUUACGGCUGCAGCCCAGCAGUUCCAGGGUCUGAACCUCGGCAUGCCUAUGAGUCAGCCCCAGGAGCUCCCUACGCUUUCCAUGCCAGGAAUGGGCUUUUACCAACAACAGCUCCAACAGGGCGUCCAGCCGGUCGUCCAGCCGGUACCUGGUCAACCAGGACUCUUCUCGGUUUACAACCCCCUUACUGGCCAACAGAACUACAUCUAUGACAACAGCUUCCAGCAGGAGAGUCCCUACCAGGAGGAAGAAAUCCAGUCGCCCGCCAUGCAUGUCCCUGCGUUCCGCGCCGAAGUCUCCCCCCCUGCGGAAUCGUCCCAGCCCUCGAUGAACUUUGCACAGCCAGUGUCACCGCCCCGUAACAGCCCGUCUCCGCCCAGGGAAACUGUCCCCUUGCCGCCUCCAUCCGCCAAUGCAUUCCGCCGAGGCCACAAGAAGAGUUCGUCCAUCAACCCUGCCACCAAGGCUCCCAUUGAUACGGCACGCGCGAACAACAGCACCACGGCUGCCCCAAGGACAGCUACCAUUCCUCAGACACCGGCCACUGGUACGUUCGGACCUGGUCAAGGCCGUGCGGGCGAGCACCCGAUCCGUCAGCCUCGCGGCCCUCCAUCUUUGGAGGAACUCGUCGCGAAGCCCACGUCCAAACAUGAGGGAAGCAAGAACUUCGCCACCCGUCAGCGGCGACGUGCUGUGCACAACCUGGUGCGUGCGGGCAUCGAACGGCGUGGAGAGACUCGGAGCUAUCACAGCAGCGGUGGCACCAAUACUCCGGCGAGCGAGAAAGAGUUUACGUUCUCCGACGGAGACGACGCCACCGUUCGCAGCGGAAGCCUUUCCAGCAAGCCGAGCUUGGGUAGUCUUCGUGCCGCAGCCAACGGUGCUAUUGGUUCCGAGAGGAAGGAAAGAUCUUCUCGGGAGCGUCGCUCUCAGGACAGCCCGUAUUCCACCACCACUCCGGUCAGUGAAGAUGGGGGCUACUUCGGUAGCAAGUUCACCGAUGUUCGCUCGGACCAGGUCUCUUCUCCGACGGGAUCUUCCCCUUCGGUGGCUGCUGUCGUCGCAGGCCAGAAGACGGUGGCUCAGGGUUCGGAACGGCGCAAGACUCCGAUGCUUGUGCUUUCCAGCGCUGAAAAGCGGAAGACCCCGAUCAUGUAA